GAUUGAAGUUCAGUGCGUUUUCCUUCGACCCGCGCACGAAAUGUCAACGAUGGGCAGCUCUCUGUGCGCCGCGGCACUUUUAGCUUUUCUGGUCUUUUCUUUAAGUCUUUUUGUGAAAAGUUGGCACUUCAGAGUUCAUAAAGGAAUUUUUACCAAUGGAACUAUUGAGGAUGGUUUUGUUAUGGAGCGUAACGGAUUAGUUCGUGAACUCAACGAAAGACGCAAGGAAAUUCUUCCUUUCCUCAUCUCUUCUGGGGUAAAGAGGUUAUUGGAUGAAUCGGGACACUUUGGGCAGCACAAAUCAUUUGAAAGUAAACAUUUGGAUGUUAGUUUGGAGAAUGAGAGUGACGUUUCCAGUGGAUUUAUUAGAAUGAAUAAGGAUCAUAUUGGCUGUGAUCAGCUUGUUGAUAUGAAAGCUGUGGAUAUCCUUGGCUCGGGCUAUACCAAAAUAGUACUUAAAGUUUUGCUAUCGGAGGGACAGUCUGUGGCAUUGAAAACUGUGUACGAUCAAGGAACUGACAUGGAGAGAUGUCUCGAGGAUUUUAAAGACCCCUUGGGCUGUCACGAGCUCGUGUCUUUUAAACUGAAAAAAGAAAUAGUUUUAUUGCAGAGACUGCAACAUCCAAACAUCAUAAAGCUCCGAGGCCACUGCGAGGACAGUGUGGGGGCAGGAGGCAUCACAGCCAUCCUGGAGCAGGGCUUCCCACUGCAGAUGAUCCAGCUCCUACAGAGCCCCUGGGAGGAACGAUUUCGGGUUUGUUUGGGCCUGGUGAGGCUUCUCCACUACCUCUCCCACUCCCCUCUGGGCUCAGUGGCUCUAUUGGACUUCCAGCCCCGUCAGUUUGUCAUGGUGUCUGGGGAGCUGAAGCUCACAGACCUGGAUGACGCCAGCGUGACGGAGCCUGCCUGUCAGAUGGACCAGGACUGCAUCUUACAGUUCCCCCUUCGCAACUUCAGCCUUCCCUGCUCGGCCCAGGGAGUGUGUGAGGGCCUCAACGAGAUGAGGAAUCUCUACAACGCCUACAGGUAUUUUUUCACCUAUCUGCUGCCUCACCAAGCCCCGCCUGCUCUGAGACAUCUGGUGGAUCACAUCAUGAACUCAACGGGAGAGCUGAAAGGGGAUGUGAAUGACACGCUGGAAACUUUUGAAGACAUGUUCCAUCUGUACAAAUCCGGCCUGCACCUGGACAACAUGCCUUCGUCAAUAAUCAGAGAUUAUGCAGUCAUGAAAGGCAUGAGCACCUCUGGAAAUAUGGAAUACAGAUGCUGGCCCUCGUACAACCACCAAGGCUGUAUGCUGUCGGUGCACAGCGACAAGGAGGCGGCCUUUAUCUGUAACUCCCUUCCUCAGUGCACUAGCUUCAGCCUGAGCGACCAGAGGACUUGGACAGGACGUCUCCUCGCCUCGUUCCAAAGUGGUUUCAGCCAUUUGGUUACAAAUGGGAACUCGGAGGUGUAUUUGAAAAAGAUAAAAGCAUCACCAGGAACUACGGUGUAAGGAGUGGGACAACGGGAGUUGGGGAAUGCAGGGAGGGU